AUGGUUGCAAACUUCAAUAUUCUCGUCAUCACUAGCAUAAUGCUGGUCCACGAUGCCUUGUGCUUGCCGCAGCGCACACAGGCUGACUUUGCGAUUCCGCCAACAGUAACGACCCAGGGAGUGGGCGGACAGCCAAACGUGGGGACGUCAACCACAAGCUCGAAGUCGUCUCUCGUCACCCACCUGACGAAGCGGAGUUCGAGCUCCAGCACCCCUCCCCCCAUUGACAGGACGGAUGCUCACACCGAGACAAUGACAACGAUCACCAGGAGCGAUGGUCGCAUUCAAACGCUCCCAAUUCCAUACCCACUUCCUACAAUCGAGCCUCCGUCGGAAUCCGACACCCCGGAACUGAGCCUGACCAUAACUGAGCCUAGACCAUCUGGUCUGUCCCAAACACAAACCUCGGACUACCCUAUGUUCAGCCCCUCAGACAAUUAA